GAACCGGUGUAGAUACUGAUUGAAUAUUGAUACUGAGCCCUAUUCAUUCAUCGCUUCUUUGGCAUCUGUCAUCAAAUAGCAAUAUGGCAGAAGAACAAAAGUUCCCAGAAACAUCUGUCCAACUGACUGAGGCCGCUCCACAGACUGUGGGCAGUGGUUUUACUGCCCCGCGAAACAUUUAUUCAGCCAUUUUAAGUCGCAACGAGACUGUUAAAGAUGCUAGGCGUCUCAAGGACUUUCAGGAGCUCAGAGACAAAUAUGUACUUAAGAAAGUGCUGUUUGAAGACCCGCUGUUCCCUGCUGAGGAUUCCUCUCUCUUUUACAGUGAAAAGUUCCCUCUAAAGCUUGAAUGGAAGCGCCCGUCGGACAUUUGUAGCAAUCCACAGUUCAUUCUUGGGGGAGCCAACAGGACAGAUAUCUGCCAAGGAGACCUGGGAGACUGCUGGCUGCUGGCUGCCAUUGCUUGCCUGACCCUUAAUGAUAUAGUUCUGAAGAGGGUGGUUCCUCAUGACCAGAGCUUCACUGAAAACUAUGCUGGCAUUUUCCAUUUCCAGUUCUGGCGCUAUGGGGAGUGGGUGGAUGUGGUUGUGGAUGAUCGACUUCCUACAUACAAAAACCAGUUGGUGUUCACCAGGUCUGGACAGAAGAAUGAAUUUUGGAGUGCUCUUCUGGAGAAGGCAUAUGCAAAACUACACGGCUCUUAUGAGGCUUUAAAGGGAGGAAACUCACUGGAAGCCAUGGAGGACUUCACUGGAGGAUUAACUGAGUUCUAUGAGAUUACAGAGGCCCCGAAGGAGCUGUACAACAUCAUGAGAAAGGCUCUGAAGAGAGGGUCCCUCAUGAGCUGUGCCAUUGAUGUUUUGGUUCCAACUGCUCAAAGGACUAAAACAGCAUCUGGACUUGUGACAGGCCAUGCAUAUUCAGUCACUGGAGUUGAGCAGGGUAAACGCAAGGAUGGUAAAGACCUAAUGAUCCGUCUGGUUCGUGUGCGAGACCCCUGGGGAGUUGCCCUCCCUCCUGCCUGUAAGUCUAAUGACUGGGCUGCACUAGCCACAUCUGAGCAAGACAAGGAGAGACUCCGGCCUACAGAGCAAGGGGAGUUCUGGAUGUGCUUUGAGGAAUUUAAGAAAAACUUCACCAAACUGGAGAUCUGUAAUGUCACCCCAGACACUCUUGAGGAUGACCAGAUGCUCAAGUGGAAUGUGACCACACAUGAGGGCCGAUGGGUGAAAGGCUGCUCUGCUGGUGGCUGCAGAAACUUUCCGGAUACAUAUUGGACAAACCCUCAAUUCCGCCUGGUUCUUCUGGAGGCGGAUGCUAAAGAGAAGACCUGCACGGUGGUGGUGGCAUUAAUGCAGAAGGGCAGAAGAAAAGAGCGCUGCUCAGGUGCCACCCUACACAACAUUGGGUUCGCCAUCUAUGAGGUUCCUAAAGAGAUGAAGGGCAACCAACAACAGCUGCCAAAGGAUUUCUUCCUGUAUAAUGCUUCCACGGCUCGCUGCAAGUCUUACGUCAACAUGCGUGAGGUGACGGAGCGUUUCUGCCUGAAACCGGGCGAGUAUGUCAUUAUUCCAUCCACCUUCGAUGCCCACAAGGAAAGCGAGUUUCUGCUCAGAGUCUUCUCUGAGAGCAGGAGCACCUCAGAGGUUAUAGAUGCAGAGAUUGAGGUGGAGCCUGUGACGGAUGUCAAGAAGAAAAUCAAGCCAUUUGAGGAGGAGGAGACUGAAGAGGAAAAGCAGUUCAGAGCCAUCUUUCAGCAGAUAGCUGGAGACGACAUGCAGAUUAAUGCCAAUGAACUCAGAACUGUCCUUAACAGAGUGGUUGCCAAAUAUAAAGAGUUGAAAACAGAGGGUUUCAGUUUGGAGAGCUGCAGAAGUAUGAUCGCACUUAUGGAUACUGAUGGGACAGGCCACCUAAACCUGCAAGAGUUUAAACACUUAUGGAACAAGAUUAAAAAGUGGAAGCUGGUGUUCACACGUUAUGACACAGACAAAUCCAGUACGAUCAGCAGUUUUGAGAUGAGGAAUGCUCUUACUGAAGCAGGUUUUCAACUCAACAAUCAGCUGUAUGACAUUAUUUGUAUGCGAUAUGCCAAUGAACACAUGGAGUUGGAUUUCGACAGCUACAUUAGCUGCUUAGUGCGACUCGAGGGAAUGUUCAGGGCAUUCAGAGCCUUUGACAGGGAUGGAGAUGGCAUUAUCAAGCUCAAUGUUUUUGAGUGGCUUCAACUGACCAUGUAUGCCUAAAGACACAAACACAGAUAUAAGGUCAGCCUGGUGGAAAGUGAGUGGUCUUUUCCCAUUUUCAACUUCCAUUAA